GUUGAACUAAUCUAAUGUUACGGUGUGUUCAUUAAAAUUUCACCAGCAUGGCUUUACUGGCCGAACAAAAAAGGAAAACUAAGUUUGGACUCGAUCCACGUAAUACUAACUGGAGCAAUGCUUUAAUUUGUAUUUUGUUUCAGAUGACAGUAAAAUAGGUCAGAAAUUAAUGGAGAAAAUGGGUUGGGCAAAAGGAAAAGGACUUGGAGCUAAAGAGGAUGGCAUGAGAGAUCACAUCAAAGCCACUUACAAAUCUGACACUAGAGGCCUUGGGUGCACACCAAAAGAUGCUGAUGCCUGGAUAGCUCAUCAAGAUGAUUUCAAUAAUUUGUUACAACAAUUGAACUCUCAGACUUCAUCACAGCAGUCUUCAGACAAAGUCGUUGAGGAAAGACCACCUGAUGGACAUAAGAGAUAUUAUGGUAGAUUUGCUCGUGGACGUGUCCCUACCUUGAGAAGUACAGAAGAUCUGAAUUGUAUAUUUGGUAAAAGAAAGAAUGUUUCAGAGCCUGCUACUCCAACAAGACAGUCAGAUAGUAUUUCAUCUGGAGAUGAGAGUGACGAAAAGAAACAUGGAAUCACUACUAUUAAAAGUAGCUCAAGUGUUCAAGAGUACUUUGCUCAGAAAAUGGCUGCAUUGAAAGCCAAAAAAGACAAAACAGAAAGUGUGACAGAACAAGUGGUGAACAUGAAAAAGUCAGAUGAGCAAAGAGUUCCUGCUGUGUAUGGUGCAGUUCAGUUUACAUAUGACCAGGACACUGGGUCUAAGGAGUUUGAUAGCUCGGAUGAAAAUGUACCAAACGUAAAUUUUAGUCACAGUCAAAACAAAGAAGAAACUUCCAACUUAGAUAUUGAUGAGAAACUAUUAAAAAAGAAAAGGAAAAAGAAAGAGAAGAAACAUGGUGAAGAGAAUCUUUUAAUAUCAGAUCAGUUAGUCAGUUGUGGUGUUUUAGUAGAUGAAGAGAAAGCUACUGCCAAGGAGAAAGACAGUUAUGGUGAGUCUCAGUCUAAAACGAAAAAGAAGCACCAACUCUGUGAAACGGGUUGUCUGGGUCAGAAGGAUGCUAAACAAAGUAACUCUCUUUUGGUGGAAACAAGUAAAAGAAAGCUUGAAGAUGGAGAUGACUCCACCUUGCUGAAUCAAUGUAAAAGAAAAAAAUUAGAUAAGGAAGAAUUGAACUCAAAAAUAGAUGUGAAGAAUGAACACUUAACUAAUUCUAAAAAAAAAAGAUCAAAAAGUAAAUUAAAAGACAAAGAUAUACAAGUGGAAACAAUAGAGUGCCAAAAGAAGGAACUUGAUCCAACUCGUGAGAAUAUUGAAGAUUUUAAGUCUGAGGCUGAACAAAGCAAGAAAAAGAAGAAAAAAAAUAAAGAGCAAAAAACAGUAGGUCAAGAGGAUUCUGAAAAGAAAAAUGUACAUGAUUUACCAAAUGAUGGUACUCUGCAAGAACCUUAUGAUGAAUCUAAGACUCAACAAAGCAAGAAAAAGAAGAAAAAAAAUAAAGAGCAAAAAACAGUAGGUCAAGAGGAUUCUGAAAAGAAAAAUGUACAUGAUUUACCAAAUGAUGGUACUCUGCAAGAACCUUAUGAUGAAUCUAAGACUCAACAAAGCAAGAAAAAGAAGAAAAAAAAUAAAGAGCUUAAAACUAAAGAGGAUUCCCCCAGUGUGAAUUACUUGCCAGAACAUUGUGAGGAAUCAAAGCCUUUACCUGAGACUCAAGAAAGAAAGAAAAAGAAAACAAAAAAUAAAAAGCAAAAAAAGAAAUCAGAAAUAAAUAAUAUGUUUCCAGGUUCUAAUAUUGGAGAUAUUCAAGGGUAUGCUGUUUAGCCAGUUCAGAACACUUUCUGUCUUUUAGUUCAAGAACAGUUAAAUGUCAGUGUAUUUACUUGUAACACUAUUAAACCUUGUGGAUGUAAGAAGACAGGUCUAUUGAAAGAUAUCAUUUUGCAGUACAUCAGGAUGGACAUUAUACUUUACUGAAGUAUGUUUGAACUGAAUGGGUGACAUAUUUCUUACUGACACACACAAUUAUUUGAAAGUAUUUCAAUGAAAUGCUUAUUAGAGUGCCUUUUAUUGUAUAUAUGAAUAAGUUACAGAUGAUCAGUAGCUCUCCUAUAAUUUAUUUGCUGUUCAUGUUGUGUACAAAUAAUUUUAUGUUUAUGCCAGACUAUAGCAAUACAUAAAUGAAAUAAAGUUGCUUUUAUCUAAAUA